CUUUGAGGAGAGUUGACUAGAGACGUUGCUUUCCAUUUUAGAAACAGUUUAAGGUAGAUUUACAAAGUUUUAAGCGCAUAGAAAGAGAAAGAUGGAUAUGAAUGAGCCCGCCUUCUCCAUGGUCUCCGCUGUCUCCCUAUUGGCCUGCGCGUUCCAGGGGGUGGCGGCCUAUCUGAUGAUGCGUCGCGUGGGAGGGAAGAGCUCCACGAUCGACCAGUGGGUGCUGACCUGGCUCUUCUAUGACGUCAUUGUCCACAUCACCUUGGAGGGGCCCUUUGUGUGGAUGUCUUUACGUGGCUCUGUGGAGACGUCUGAAGGACCUCUGGCUCAGCUCUGGCAGGAGUAUGGUAAAGCAGACAGGCGCUGGCUGGUGUCAGACCCGGGGAUAGUGUCUGUGGAGCUGCUCACUGUGGGGCUCUGCUCUGCUCUGGGUGUGGCUCUCAUCUACGCUGUGGUCCACAACAAACACUACAGACACUUCGUGCAGAUCUCGCUGUGUGUGUGUGAGCUGUACGGGGGCUGGAUGACCUUCGCUCCCGACUGGCUGCAGGGCUCUCCUAACCUGAACCAAGCCUCUUCCUGGUUACACCUGUGGGUCUACCUGGUCUUCUUCAACGGCAUCUGGGUCCUCGUGCCCGGCCUCCUCCUGCUCCAGUCCUGGUCAGAUCUGAGGAGUCUGCACCAGGGGAGGGAGAGGCUGAAGGAAAAAUGAAACAGACUGUGAACUGCAAAAACUCAAAUCCAACCACGUUAAGAUGACUUGAAUGAAGAAAUUUUGAUCACGAUUUGAGUAAAUUUCACUUGACUGAAAUGAUCUGCCAAUGAACUUUUUGUACUUAAAAAGAAAUGAAAAUACAUCUUUCUACACUGAAGAUAAGAAAAACAACAACUCCCAAAGGUGCACUGUGUAACCUUUUGUUUGGGGGUCGGUCACCUGCUUGUUUCUAUGGAUACGCCAAAGCUCAGCCUGGAAUGCUCCACA